UUGUGGGUUGCACUAUGCAUUGCUAAUAAUAGCAGUGCAUGGUUAGGCACAGGCGUCCUAGUUACCAACAUGAGGAACUUCCCUAUUAGCCGAGGUACGGUUGCUGGCAUCCUAAAGGGUUACAUCGGACUUAGUGCUGCAGUCUAUACGGAAAUUUAUACCGGAGUUCUCCACAAUUCAUCCGCAAAGCUCUUACUCUUUCUCACUCUCGGUCUACCAACUAUUUGUUUGAUGAUGAUGUUUUUUGUUAGACCAUGCACUCCAGCUUCAGAAGAAGACUCAUCAGAGCGAGGCCAUUUUCUCUUCACUCAAAUUCUAAGUGUCACUUUAGGUGUCUAUCUCCUUCUGACUACCAUAUUGAAUGAUACUCUCUCUCUGAAUGAUUCAAUUUCUUAUGCAUUUUUUGGUGUUAUGAUUCUAUUUCUACUUGCUCCCCUGGGAAUCCCGAUAAAGAUGACAUUGUAUCCUACAAAACCAAAAAGGAUUGAACCUUCAAGUUCACAUGAAGAAUUGUCACAAUUGGAUCAAGGCAAGACAGAACCGUUGCUUGGAAGCCUUCAGGAGACUCUAGAUGAAAAUGAUGUUGAUAUACUUUUAGCUGAAGGGGAGGGAGCAGUAAUACCGGGGAAAAAGAAGAGAAAACCAAAGAGGGGAGAGGAUUUUAACUUCAAGCAAGCCGUAGUUAAGGCUGAUUUCUGGUUGUUAUUCAUGGUUUACUUCCUUGGGGUGGGCUCAGGUGUUACUGUACUCAACAACCUCGCACAAGUUGGAAUUGCAGUAGGAGAAGAUGACACAACUUUGCUUUUGUGUCUCCUCAGCUUUUGUAAUUUUGCCGGGCGUCUUGGUGGAGGUGUUGUUUCAGAGUAUUUUGUCAGGUUGAGGAUGCUUCCACGUACCAUUUGGAUGAUCUUUGCACAAUUAAUUAUGAUAUUCGUUUAUCUUCUCUAUGCUUCAGCAUUAGAUGGUACACUCUAUGCCUCAACUGCACUACUUGGUAUCUGCUAUGGUGUUCAAUACUCGGUUAUGGUUCCAACUGCAUCAGAGUUAUUUGGACUAAAGCAUUUUGGGAAGAUAUAUAACUUUAUGAUUUUAGGAAAUCCCAUUGGGGCACUUUUGUUCUCGGGUCUUCUUGCAGGAUAUGUUUAUGAUAAGGAAGCAGCAAAACAACAUUCAGGGAGCUUUUGCUAUGGGCCUGAAUGCUUUAGGCUCACAUUCCUAGUUCUAUCCGGGGUCAAUGUUAUUGGAUGUGCAUUGGGCAUAAUUUUGACUGUUAGAAUAAGGCCAGUGUAUCAAAUGCUUUAUUCAAGUGGUUCUUUUAAGCUCCUGCGGACUUCAUUACAUUGAGAGUAAAAUUAUCGGCAAGGGACAUAUAUAUCAGAUUGCAUUAGAGAUUUGUUGUAUUACAUAGUGUUGUAUGUGUCAUUGAUAUUCACAUAUAUGAGGAAUCCUGCAUACUCUAUCGUGGAGAUCUGGAUCUAGUCAGUUGAACAACUCCUGAAAAAGAGGGAAAACAUUUGAUCAAGCCAUCAAAAUUUUUGGAAAUCUUGAAAGUUGAGGAGUUCUUUUAUCGUCAGUUUUUACGUUUUGAGAAUGUCAAUUUAAUGAGGGAUAUUUGUCAAGGAUGUGGAAGUUACGUCAAUUUAAUAAGGGGUAUUUGUCAAGGAUGUGGAAGUUGUGAAUUCAUAUGUUGUUGUAGCAGAUUUUAUUAUCAUAUAUCUUUAGUUUCUUGUUUCUAUAUUUGCCAUGCAAGUCUUAUUUCAUUCAGUUGUAUUAGACUAGUUGACGUGUAACAGACGAGGUUUGCAUAGUUUUUUC